AUGAUUCAAUCUAAGAUACAAACUACCACCAACAAGUUAUUUCAUACUCAAUCUUACUUAAACUCAAUCUUCAAUCAAGCUCAUUCUCUUCUUUCACAACAACAACAACCAACAAACCAAUCACAAUCACAAUCUGAUAGUUCAUCUGAUUCCUCUCAUUCCACCACUACUACUACUACUACCACCACCACUACUACUACUAGUACAACCAAUGUCACUGCUCCUUCUUCUUCUUCUUCAUCUUCAACCACUUCUUCACCAGUAUCAGAUUCAAAUCCAACACCACCACCACCACAUCCAAUCUCACAUAUCAUUGAUUUAUUAGAUCAACCCAAUGAAGAUGAAAAACCUGAAAUGUUAAAAUCUUAUUUGUUAAAACAUCAUUCAAACUUGAUUGACGUUUUAAAUUCUGAAUUAGAUUCAAUUGUAUUAUCAAUCUUACAUUUACAUAGACAAGAUACUAUCAAUUCAAACUCAGCCACUUCCACUAUCAUCAAUUCAAAACUUAAACCUCAUUCAAAUCUGAUCAGAUCCAAUUCAACUAACAACAACAACAAUUCAACUACUCUUCAAUCUCAUUAUAACUCUCGUCGAACUUGUCCUUCACCAAGACCAUUACAAAACAGAACUCAAUCUUAUCAUCUUCAAACUUCUUCUUUAUCAUCUUCUCCUACUCACUUUAACAUCAACACACCCGAGAAAUUGAGUGCAACGGCAUCCGAAUUUAAACCUAACAAAUUGGUCUCAUCUCAUUCGACAUCAAUCCAUCAUUUAAGUCAAACCAUCCAAACCAAUCCAACUCCUCCAAAUCCGAAUCCGAAUCCUACACUUUGGUCAUUCUCACCAUCUCCCAUCGGUACACCUAAAUUCUUACCGGCUCCUACUUCUUUUUUACAUACAUUAGAGGACAGCUUAAACGUUCCAAGCUUGAAUCCUAGCAUCCAUCAACCUACGAGCACCCAAACUUCGUAUUUCAAUCAAUUACAUAUUCCUAGUGAUCCAUGGAACUCAAGCGUUGAUCAACCUAUAGAUUUUAUUCCAAGAGAUCCAUGGAACACAUCCGACGAACGGAUUCCAAGAGAUCCAUGGAAUACAUCAGACGAACGGAUUCCUAGAGACCCAUGGAACUCAUCUGAUGAUCAAUACUUUGAUCAGAUCCCUCGAGAUCCUUGGAUCAAUUCUAUCACUCCUACUCAUCAUGUUCAUCGUCAUCAUCAUUCGUUAUCAGAUCCGACAUUUCAUCAAGACUCUUGGAAUUAUUUGGUGUCUUCUUCUUCUUCGGCUUCGUAUGAAGAUCAUCAAGAAUCGAUUAUGAGUCAGUACAAGACCUUGAUGACUUCUUCUGAUUCGAUUUGUUCAGAAAAAAACGAACCAAGAUCAAACCAAGAAACCGAAAGCAAAUCGUCUAAUGAACUUUCUAGUAGUACGACCUCGAAAUCUAAAAAAUCAAAACUUAAAGAUUCUAAGUUUAAGAUCCCAUUGAUUUCAAUCGAAAAUGUAAAAGAAGAAACCCAAAGUUAUUGUAAAUUGAAAGCUUCGAAUGUGUUGAUGACCCACAAACCAGUUUCUCCAAACCCUAAAGCUUUGAUCAAUAAAUCUGGUACCGUCAAUCAUCAUCAUUCAACUUUGAGUUCUUCUGAUCUGGAUUUAAAUGGGAUGAGUAACCAGGUGAAAGUGUGUAAGUUUUAUUUACAAGGAUCUUGUUUAAGAUCAGAUUGUAAGUUUAGUCAUGAUUUAAGUAAAGCGAUUUGUCGAUUCUGGUUAAGAGGACAUUGUUUAAAAGGAGAAAGCAAAUGUGAUUUCUUACACGAGAUUCCAGAUCUGAUGAACCCAAGCACAUCUAGUAUAACGAUCAAGAUCAAAUCCAAGCCGAUCAAAAAGAAGUCCAAAGCGAAUGAAGAGCCUGAUUUGGAAAUGAAAUCCAAUAAACCCAAUGAACGAUUCGAAGAUGCGUUUCCAAGUUUGAUCGAGUCGAUGAUUUCCUUAAACCCAAGUAAUCAUAAACCCAACGGAUUGAAAGUUUUGAAACCGAUGAGUUUGUUGCCUAAAGAGUAUAAGGUUGAAGGACUUGAUGAGCUUCAGAAGGAUGGGGUGAUGAUUCGUACUGUUUCGAAAGAUAGAAGAGAUGAAUGUCUUGAAAAGUAUCGAGUUUGUUUAUCCUUGAAUGAUCAAGUUGGAAUCCAAUCAUGGUUAGAAGAAAUCAGAUCAUGGAACUCAAAGAUUGAAAUCGAAUCACAAGAAAUCAAAGACCAAAUCAUCAUCUCAAGACAUCGAAAACUAAAAGACUUGAUCAUCCAAAGAGACUCUCAAAACUCGAUUGAUCGAAUGAGAAAAGGUAAAGAGAUCAGUACAGGCAUUUGUUUAGGAGUCAAUAAUGAGACGAAUGGAUUGAAUGUUAAACAAAGGAUGGAAGUCUUGAUGGAUUUAAAUGGGUUUGAACUAACCGAUUUGAAAGAGUUGAUUGGGAAGUUUCUUAAGGGACUUAGAACUCAGGCGUUUUUGGGAUUAGCGUAUGUUUUGGUGUCCGGCUUGGGUGUGGAUGGUUUAAAGGUAUUAGAGGAUUGGUUGGAUGAUGAGAAGUUGAAAUGGAAGAUGUUUGAUGAGAAAAUGAUUUGUAUUGAUCCAGUACUUGAUCAAUAAACUUUCAUUUUUCUUAAAUUCUCAAAUCGAAUCAAAUCUAAAUCUGUUUUUGGAUUAAAUGUUCUCAAUCUUAUCUUGACUUUUUUUCAUCAUUCUUUUUUUUCAUUUAGUGUUUUUAUGAUUUUCUUUAUCAUUCAUCAUCUGUUAUGUUGUUUUACUUAUCGUCAUUUUUUCAGUGGUUGUUAUGUGGUUAAGUCUAAACUUUUUUCUUUUUGAAUCGUUCUUUUUCUUUCGAAUCUAUACUUAAAGGACUCUUGACUUUUUUUCUUUUCGUUUUCUUCAACAAAGCUUUCUUUUUCUUCUUUUCUCUUUUCUUCUUUUUUGUUGUAAAAGAACUCAACAUCAAAUAGUUUUACUAAAAAACAUAAAAUUUUGUAUAAGAUCAACAAAGGAACAAAUCAUAAAUGUAAGAGAGAAAUUGUAGAAGAAAAACAAAGGUGUUGGAAGUCUUGUUGUAAUGAAUGAAUGAUUCAAUUAAAUGUAGAUUUUGAAAAAAAAAUCGUUUUACUUACUUUAGCAGGAAAUGAUUAAAUGUUGGUUUUGUGGUUUUGUAUUGAUAUUGUACAAUUGAAAAAAAAAUUGAAAUACAUACUACUUCUUUUGCAU